AACUUACGCGGGUGGAAGCACUAAUCGCUGAAUUACUUGUGUUUUUCACCAAGCGUUAUGACUAUUCAUUUGCAAACGCUCGGUUUUAAUUAUAUAUUAAAUUUUAAUCAAAUUGUUUUCGGAAAUUCUUUAGUCGUGAAUUGUUCAUGAUUUUGUGAGAUGUACGUGGGCAGACGUGGGAGCUUUCCCAGUGUUUUCUGCAAGUUCAAUUGAGUAAACCUCAAAAAUGUCCUACGGCGGGUUCCGAGGCGGUGGCCAUGGGGGUGGCGGACGCGUGCAGAAAGUUAUGGUUCAACCCAUCAAUCUGAUCUUCAGAUAUCUUCAAAAUGCCACCAAAGUUCAAAUUUGGCUCUACGAGAACAACCGUGUUCGACUGGAAGGCAAGAUCAUAGGAUUUGACGAGUACAUGAACCUCGUGAUCGAUGAAGCGGAAGAGAUUUCUGUUCGCGUUUCAUCGUUGAACAUGGUUCAUUGGCAAGGUGCUGCCGAGUUGCUCUUGGCGAUCGCUCGUAAAGAUGCUAAGAAACUGGAAGAAUUGAUCGUUGGUGGGAUAGCAGACUGUGAUCAACGGUAUCCCUGUGGCGGUGUCAUGAAACCAGUGAUUUUAAUAUGUGUUGAACGUCGUUUGUUCGAGCUUGUGGAGGUAUUGUUGAACCUGGGUUGCUCGGUUAAUCUCGGAGAUUCCGAUGGGAACUCUGCACUUCAUGCCGCUGUUCGUCUAGCCGAUUCUUCCUGUGUGCUUCUUUUGUUGGAUCAUGGAGCAGAUCCAAACCAUGUCAAUUUCAGUGGACAUGGUUUGGUUGGUGUCACGCCAUUACACAUUGCUAUUGACGCCGGAAACAUAGAAAUUGCGAAGUUGUUGCUUUCUCAUGGUGCUGAUCCUAACAAGUGUGACAUGAACGUCGGUGUUCAUCCUCUUGUGCGCGUUUGCGAUGCGAACAUCACUGUGCAUUUCAAACGUGAGCUCUUGUGUCUCCUGAAAGCAGCUGGCGGGAAAUGUCCAAAAUUGAGUAUUCAAGGCGUCGAAUUGAACCAGUUGAAUUGCGGCGGUCCGAUGUCGUUGAAGCAGUGUUGUAGAGCUGUGAUCGUGAAAAAUACGUCGUUCCGUAACAAAGUUUUGCCCAUCACGCCAAAAAGCAUCCGAUCUUUCCUAAGUUUCGAAAAACGGGACUGACACAAAUCAUCUCCCUGUGUUCAUGUGAGCUAGAAUGCAUUUUUUUGCUCGCUUCGCGAUUUCUUGUCUUGCCGCAAUAAUGAUAAGGUGAUUUUUCGGCGUGCGUACAAUCACAAGUGGAAUUCGCAUUAGCCCUGAGGUGAAAUUCGUGAAGAAUUUUUGCGCACAAAUUUUUUUAUUGCGUUCCUCUAGCGGUCAGUGUAAGUUCAGGAAAAUUGACAAUUGGGUUUUCGAGUACCUGUGAAUCUCCCUUUCUUCCAUGAAUCGAGGCUCCAAGUGCACCGAGUUGAAGCAGAAGGGCAUUUUUUAGAAGAAGAAAGUGCUCUGGUCUCUUAGAGGUGGUAAAAGCAAAGGGAAUAUUGCCAUGUACAAUUUAUGGUUCUGCAACUGGCGUAAUUCUCCCCGAACAUGUCCAGUAACAAACGAAAUUUCAGUUAAUUGUUGAGAGAACGUUAUAGCAGAAUUUAUGGCGUUGGUGAUCACCAGUGCAACUUCCAUUGAUUUUCAAAAAAAUGUUGUCGCUAUCUUCUGCAUUACGCUGAAAUUUCUUUCCGAAUCCGGGAAUAAAAAUGUACUCCUGACAAGUAUUCAGGGUGUAUCAAAUUAUUCGUUUCGUGAAUUAUUCAGGAAACAGUUUAAUGUCAACAUCGUGUGAAAUCAGGAAGGCGAUGCUACUGUUACUGUGAAAUUCCUGUAAUGACAAUCGUAAACGAAUUUCUUGUAUUUUUUCUUUCCGGAUUCGGAUUUCUCCUG